GAAGCGGAAAAAGUGAGGCAACGACAUAUUUGGUGACGUCAUGAGGAUGGUUGAUGAUAGAAAGAAAGAUUGAAGCGGAAGUACAUUGUUGUCGGAGGCUCAGGCAGUUACUGUUACUGUUAUUAUGGAACUCAAACAACAAAAACUCCUUCUUGUUCUGAUUCUAACGCUUCUUUUUGCCACUGCCACGCCUGAUUCUGAAUACGUUCGACCUCUUCCUCGUAAAACCUUAACAACCAUCCCAUGGGAUUCAAUUUCCAAGGCCCACUCCUCUUACCCUCAACAGGUACACAUUUCUUUGGCAGGAGACAAGCACAUGAGAGUUACAUGGAUAACCGAUGAUAAACAUUCACCUUCAUAUGUAGAAUACGGAACAUUACCUGGGAGAUAUGACUCAAUAGCUGAAGGAGAGUGCACCUCUUAUAACUAUCUGCUAUAUAGCUCAGGAAAGAUACAUCACGCUGUAAUUGGACCUUUGGAAGACAAUACUGUGUACUUUUACAGGUGUGGUGGAAAAGGUGCCGAGUUCGAGCUCAAAACUCCUCCAGCUCAAUUUCCAAUUACUUUUGCUGUGGCUGGGGAUCUGGGUCAAACUGGUUGGACUAAAUCAACACUGGCUCACAUUGAUCAAUGUAAAUAUGAUGUCUACCUGCUACCAGGAGACCUUUCAUAUGCUGAUUGUAUGCAGCAUCUGUGGGACAAUUUUGGGAAACUUGUGGAGCCGUUUGCGAGUACAAGGCCAUGGAUGGUAACUGAGGGAAACCAUGAAGAGGAGAACAUACUAUUGUUAACGGAUGAGUUUGUGUCCUAUAAUUCCAGAUGGAAAAUGCCAUUUGAGGAAAGUGGAUCAACUUCAAAUCUCUAUUAUUCUUUUGAAGUUGCAGGUGUUCACGUUAUAAUGCUUGGCUCCUAUGCAGAUUAUGAUGUGUACUCUGAACAAUACAGAUGGCUAAAGGAAGAUCUGUCAAAGGUGGAUAGGAAAAGGACACCUUGGCUGCUUGUGUUAUUUCAUGUGCCAUGGUAUAAUAGUAACAAGGCUCAUCAAGGUGCAGGAGAUGAUAUGAUGGCAGCUAUGGAGCCGUUGCUUUAUGCUGCUAGUGUUGAUUUAGUUAUCGCUGGUCAUGUUCACGCUUAUGAACGUUCAAAACGUUUGUAUAAUGGAAGAUUGGAUCCCUGUGGUGCUGUCCAUAUAACUAUUGGUGAUGGAGGAAACAGAGAAGGCUUAGCUCAUAAGUAUAUAAACCCGCAGCCAAAGUGGUCAGAAUUCCGUGAAGCCAGUUUUGGUCAUGGUGAGCUGAAGAUUGUAAACUCCACUCAUGCCUUCUGGAGUUGGCAUAGGAAUGAUGAUGAUGAACCAGUAAAAGCUGAUGAUAUCUGGAUAACCUCUUUGGUCAGCUCACGCUGCGUUGAUCAGAAGACACAUGAACUCAGAAGUACACUUACUAUGCCCGAAAACUCAGAACUUCGUGGAUUAGCAAAAGUUAUGUAAAUAUUGACGAUGAGACAAUUCCUUAGUUUAGUUUGUAUCACUACAAGCAGCAGAGUGAGUAAACUGAGGUAUUUCAGUACAUAGCUGCUGGUUGUGCUGGUGCAUGUAUUUAAAUAUUCUAAGGACAUGGACUAGUCAGUAAAUGGAGUACAAGGCUAGUUGUCACUUUGCAAUUGAUGGUGUUGCUUGUUUUGUCUGAACUUUUAAGAUUGGUUUCUGAUUUCUAUAUAGGAAAACCAAAACUUAGGUUACUUAAUAACCAGCGAUAAAUAUGUAUAUUUUAUAUUCUUAACUGACAUUGAGAUUUUAGAUUA